UUGCUUUUGUAUUUUGCAGGAUUCGUAUAGAAAACAGGUUGUCAUUGAUGGAGAGACGUGCUUGUUAGACAUCCUGGACACUGCAGGACAGGAAGAGUACAGUGCCAUGCGUGAUCAGUACAUGAGAACUGGAGAAGGGUUCCUCUGUGUGUUUGCUAUUAACAACAGUAAAUCCUUCGCUGAUAUUAACCUCUACAGAGAACAGAUCAAGAGGGUGAAAGAUUCAGAUGAUGUGCCAAUGGUGCUAGUUGGGAAUAAGUGUGAUUUGCCCACGAGAACAGUAGACACAAAACAAGCUCAAGAAUUAGCAAAAAGCUACGGAAUCCCCUUCAUAGAGACAUCUGCUAAAACAAGACAGGGUGUGGAAGAUGCUUUUUACACACUGGUGAGAGAGAUCCGGCAGUAUCGAAUGAAAAAGCUCAACAGCAACGAAGAUGGGAAUCAAGGCUGUAUGGGAUUGUCUUGCAUUGUGAUGUGAUCAGAUGCCAAGAAUACGUGGUUCAGAUGUAGCUGCUGGACAAGUCUCGAUGCUACUGUAUUGCGUCUCAUGCUGAUGCCCUGCAGCACUUUGGUGCCAGUGACCAGAAUCUUGGUACCAGUUAAUUAGCACAAGGUCCUUUUCUGUGCUCCAUCUGAAGAGAACAUCUAUGGCAUCUACCUCCUUGCUCAGCUAAUGGAGCAGUUGUGUCUCUUGAUGUACUGGGAUUCUUUUCUCACUGUGUUAUCUGGGUUUGUUCAAGAAGAAAACCAGUCACAAGAAAAGUGAACUAUAGAGACUAAAUGCUGUGAAAAAGAUGACACUUUACCUCUAGAGUAAAAGCUAGAAGUGAUGUUUGUCCCCUUUCUCUUGGAUUCUGAUUUGCUGUGCUGUCAGAGGAGUGGCACUAAUCAUU